AUGAAGCCUGAAGCACAUCAAUGGGCAUUGAAUUUGGUAGAUAACAAACACAUUUCUUCAAUGAAGAUAGUUUCUUCCAAGACAUUGCCCUUACCAGAAGGGUUUACACCGCUUCAAAAGAAUGCUGAGCCAAUAGGUAUACACAAGCAGCAAGUGACACCUGAAGAGAAGUCUCAGCAGAUAGGAAGACUGCAGCUACAAAAGGCAUGGGGAAUUGCAUUUCAACCAGCAAAAGCAGUGCCAAUGAACAUUUUCAUGUCAUAUAUGUCCGGGACAUCAUUGCAGAUCAUUCCGAUAAUGACGGCUCUUAUGUUAUUAUCAGGUCCUAUAAAGGCAAUAUUUGGCGUUAGAAAUGUAUUCAGACCGGUUAUGGGCAACCCGCUGAUUGAGGGUCAGAUAUAUAUGGCUAUGUUAGUAUUCGUUGUUUGUCAAGGAGCCUUGAUGUAUAUUGGAAUUAGAAAACUGAACUCUAUGGGAUUGAUUCCUAAUACGAGAAGUGAUUGGCUGGCAUGGGAAACCCGCAUAGACUACAACAAGGGUUUAAAAUCUUUUACAAUAUGA